CAUUUCCACCCUGUACCUGGACCGAAGCAACAGCUGGGAGAGUGUAGGAGUGCAACGCAAGGCUGAGGCUAUCCAAUACAUCAGGAGAGGCUAUGAGAACCAGCUGGCAUACAGAAGGAGCGGUGGCUCCUGUGUCUCUGUACGGCGGAUACGGGGCACAGGAGCAAGCACAUGGAUCACAGCGUACGUGGUGAAGGUGUGGCUGAUGAUGGCCGUUUUGCCAUCAUCGGCAUCAACCAGCAACAAGUGUGUGACCCUCUGCUCUACCUGGUGAAGAAUAAAUUCCGGCAUAGAGAGAAAAUCUACGUAGAAGACAACCCCGUUUACAGCACGACCAUGACUGGUGGUCUCUGUGAUGACGACCCAGAGACAACUCUGACCGCCUUUGUCCACAUCGGUCCCACAUUUGUCCACAAUGCGCUCAAGCAGGCAGGGAUCCACUGCAGCAGUCCAGGUGUAAAUGUGGAGGAAGCCAUCCGUUCAACAUCAGCCUACUUGAAGAGAGCUCUGACGAAGCCUGGGAGGAGACCAUACACGGUGGCCAUCGCCUCUUAUGCCCUGGCUUUGGACGGCUUGCCCACCACUCUUCAUGAACUUUUACUCAGAGGUGCAGCUCCAGGUUUCAGCCACUGGCUUGACAGGGAAAACCACUUGUUCACGCUGGAGGCGACCGGCUAUGCCCUGCUGGCUCUGGUCAAGUGGGGACGAAUGGAGGAAGCUGCUGCACCCUUCAAAUGGCUGAACAGCCAGAGAAGAAAAGGAGGAGGCUUCGGCUCCACUCAGCCCACCAUGGUGGGUGGUGGUCUCUGCGUCAAACACCUGGUCAGAGUACCUGAUACACAAACCCCCUCCUGAUGACCACAGUCUGGAUGUAGACGUCAGGAUAACAGGACGCAAGGAAAUCCGCUACCAUUUUAACCCAAAGACAGCCUAUGCUGCUCGUACCUCCAGGUUGCCUGCUAAUCUUGAUUUGGAAGUAGAGGCUCGAGGAAAUGGACAAGGAAUACUAGAGUACAGGGAAAGACGACCACGGGUUGUGACCUAUUACAAUCAGCUGCAUGAGGUGGAAGAGAAAAUGCCCUGCAAGCACUUUGAUCUCAACGUCACUUUUGAAGGAUCCAGCGCAGGGCUCUAGGACCCAGAGACGUCAGGAUGGUGGUUCUUGAUAUCAGUCUACCAACUGGAUUCACCCCAGAAAACUCUGACCUGGAGAUGGUAAUCACCUUCUAGUGCUAGUGCAGAAAAAUCUGAAAGCUUGUGUCAAUGGUGUAUUUAAGUGUCUUUAAAAUGAAUGUAGUAUUUUAAAUAAAAGUUUGUAAAAAGUUUACUACAUCAUGAUAAUGACCUUCUAAUGGAUGAGACAUGAAUGAUCGCAUGUUUAGGACGGCGGCGUUGCUAACUAGCUAACAGCUGACUCUGUUUAUGUGUGUGUCCAGCUGUCCAAUUCAGUGCAUCGUUACAUCAGUAACUUCCAGAUUGUAGACAACCUGAGUGACAGAGGCUCCCUGAUCAUUCACCUGUUCAAAGUAACAUCACUGUAUUUAUAAUUAUUAUUCUAUAUCAUAUCAUUUUAUGUUAUUCAUAUGCUUUUCUUUUUUUCCAAGAAGCAGGUUUCUCAAUGCUCAGUAAAUAAGUCUUUAUGACCACAGUCAACAAUCUGAGGCAGUUUUAGGCUAUUACACAAAACCAGCUUAUUGGUACCAAAGCCACGGUUCAGAACUCAGACUUGCUAAAUCAGUGUUGGUGUAGUGCAGUGUAGGGCUGCAGCCAGAGUACUGACGAUAGUUAGCAAGAGAGAUCAUAUUUCUCCUAUGCUGGUUUCUCUUCAUUGGCUUCCUGUGAAAUGUAGAAUAGAAUUCAAAAUCCUUCUUCUGACAUAUAAAGCUCUUAACAACCAAUCUCCAUCAUAUCUUAAAGACCUGAUAGUACCAUAUUAUCCUAGCAGAACUCUUCGCUCUCAGACUGCAGGCUUACUUGGAGAAGCGACCUGUAACUUCUCUCUAAAAGUAGAAUGGGAGGCAGAGCCUUCAGUUAUCAGCUCCUCUCUUGUGGAACCAGCUCCCAGUUUGGGUUCUGGAGGCGGACACCCUCUCUAAUUUUAAGACCAGGCUUAAAACCUUCCUUUUUGACAAAUCUUAUAGUUAGGACUGACUGGGGGACCCUGAGGGGGUCAGCUGGAGUCUUCCUCUUGGACGUCCCUUAGUUCUGCCCCUAGUUCUGCUGCUACAGGCCUAGGCUGCUGGAGGACCUCUCUGGAUGCACUGAGCCCUUCUCUAUCUACCAUUAUAUUUAAUAUACAGUAUAUAUACCAUUAUUGCAUUACACUCACUCUGUUUCUCCCUGUGUCCUUUCUCCGAGUGUCCCUGAUCCCAGAGCUGGAUGCUUCAGAUCUGUGGUGGUUCUCCCACCAACUGGCCUAAUCUCCAUCUGUGGGAUGCUGCUGCUGCUGACCUUCCUCCAGCCCACUGCUUCCAGCUGCCCAUUUCCAUCAAUCUACUCUGCAUCACCCUCACUAUACUUGAUUUGCUCGUCUACAUAUUUUUGAAUUUACCACCAGCUAUAUAUGUAGUAUAUUUAAUGCCAGAGCCAUACACCGUAGCAGUAAACUAUAAUCAGUUUCCA